GGGAUUUUCUAUUUCUUUUCAUCAUAAGCAGGCAACAGGUUUGAAGUGUGAAACCCGCGAGGAGCUGCUCAUAGCUGUAAAAAGAAGUUUCUAAACAGAAAACUAUUGAAGCCAAUAUGGCCACAGGAGGAGGUCCUUUUGAAGAAGGAAUGAAUGAUCAGGAUUUACCAAACUGGAGCAAUGAGAAUGUUGAUGACCGUCUGAACAAUAUGGAUUGGGGUGGCCAACAGAAGAAGGCAAAUCGAUCAUCAGAAAAAAAUAAGAAAAAGCUUCCUGUAGAAAGCGAUAAAAGGGUCACUAAUGACAUUUCUCCAGAGUCAUCACCAGGAGUUGGAAGACGAAGAACAAAGACACCACAUACAAUUCCGCAUAGUAGAUAUAUGACCCAGAUGUCUGUUCCAGAGCAGGCAGAAUUAGAGAAACUUAAACAGCGAAUAAACUUCAGUGAUUUAGAUCAGAGAAGCAUUGGAAGUGAUUCACAAGGUAGAGCAACAGCUGCUAACAACAAACGUCAGCUUGGUGAAAAUCGAAAGCCCUUCAAUUUUUUGCCUAUGCAAAUUAAUACUAAUAAAAGCAAAGAUGUUGCUCCAAGUCCUCAAAAUAGAGAAAUAAUUGCAUCAGCACAAUGUAAAGAAUUAUUUACUUCUGCUUUAAGUAAUGACCUUUUGCAAAACUGUCAUGUUUCUGAGGAAGAUGGGAGAGGAGAGCCUGCAAUGGAGAGCAGUCAGAUUGUAAGCAGGCUUGUUCAGAUUCGUGACUAUAUUAAUAAAGCUAGUUCAAUGCGGGAAGAUCUUGUAGAGAAAAAUGAAAGGUCAGCUAAUGUUGAGCGCCUUACUCAUCUAAUAGAUCACCUAAAAGAACAGGAAAAGUCAUAUAUGAAAUUUCUCCAAAAAAUUCUUGCUAGAGAAAAUGAGGAGGAGGAUGUUCGGACUAUAGAUUCAGCUGUGGGAUCUGGUUCUGUAGCUGAGAGCACAUCGCUAAACAUAGAUGUGCAGUCUGAGGCUUCAGAUACCACGGAGGCAUCUUUUAGUCUGAGAAUUCGGCCGUGCAUUGAGGACAAACUAGGGAAUUCAGCUUCACAGGAACAGGUUUCAAACAUUGCCGUUACUACAAGUCCAAAAGGGAAAGGUGACAGACCUGCUCAGAAUGACAGGGAACUGAGGCCUAAUAGGAACUAUAGCCGAAAACGUGGAUGUCCCUCAAAGACCAGAGAGCCCCAGCAGCAGCCUAUUGAAGAAAUAGAAAAUCUGAAGAAACAACAUGACUUAUUAAAAAGGAUGCUACAGCAGCAGGAGCAGUUGAGGGCUCUGCAGGGACGACAAGCUGCUCUUCUUGCUCUACAGCAUAAAGCAGAGCAAGCUAUUGCUGUAAUGGAUGACUCGGUUGUAACAGAAACUGCAGGUAGCCUGUCAGGAGUCAGUAUCACAUCUGAAUUAAAUGAAGAACUGAAUGAUUUGAUUCAGCGAUUUCAUAAUCAGCUUCGUGAUUCUCAGCCUCCAGCUGUCCCAGACAACAGAAGACAAGCAGAAAGUCUUUCAUUAACUAGGGAGGCUUCCCAAAGCAGAAAUCCAUCUGUUUCAGAUCCUGAUGAGAAAGUUCAACUUUUUAGCAAAAUGAGAGUGUUGCAGGAAAAGAAACAAAAAAUGGACAAACUGCUUGGAGAACUGCAUUCACUGCGAGAUCAGCAUCUGAACAAUUCAUCAUUUGUGCCUUCAGCUUCUCCACAACGGAGUCUGGAUCAGAGAAGUACAGCCUCAGCUCCCUCUGCUCCUGUUGGUUGCAUAGCCCCAGUUGUCAAUGGAGAAUCCAGUAGCCUCACAGCAUCUGUUCCUUACCCUGCUUCUACUCUCGUUUCACAGAAGGAGAGUGAAAAUGAAGGCCAACUAAAUCCAACUGAAAAACUCCAGAAGUUAAAUGAAGUUCGAAAGAGAUUAAAUGAACUAAGAGAACUUGUUCAUUAUUAUGAACAAACAUCAGAUAUGAUGACAGAUGCUGUAAAUGAAAACACAAAAGAUGAAGAAACAGAAGAAUCAGAGUAUGAAUCUGAGCAUGAAAGUUCUGAACCUGUUACUAAUAUUCGAAAUCCUCAAGUAGCUGCCACCUGGAAUGAAAUGAAUAGUAAUUCUGUUGCACAGUGUGUCUCUAACAAUAGAGAUGGGAGAUCAGUUAAUCCUAAUUGUGAAAUUAACAACAGAUUUGCAGCCAACAAACGGCCACUAAAUAUGCCUCCGCCUUUAGAUUGUCACUAUAACAGAGAAGGAGAGCAGGGGAUUCAUGUGGUACAUGGCGAAGAUGAUGAAGAAGAGGAGGAUGAAGCAGAAGAGGAGGGAGUCAGUGGAGCUUCUUUAUCCAGUCAUAGGAGCAGUCUGGUUGAUGAAGCCCCAGAAGACAUGGAAUUUGAACAGAAGAUCAAUAGACUUAUGGCUGCAAAACAGAAACUUAGACAGUUACAAGAUCUUGUUGCUAUGGUACAGGAUGACGACACUGCGGAACAAGGAGCUAUUUGUGCUACUACUUCAAAUUUGGAUGAUUUCUACCCAGCAGAAGAUGACAGCAAACAAAAUACAAAUAAUACUAGAGGAAAUACAAAUAAAACACAGAAAGAUGCUGGAGUAAAUGCAAAGGCAAGACAGAAAUUUUAUGAGGCUAGAGUACAGCAGCAACAGAGAGAACUCAAACAACUGCAGGAAGAAAGAAAGAAACUGAUAGAGAUUCAAGAGAAAAUUCAAGCAUUGCAAAAAGCAUGUCCUGAUCUACAGCUGACAACUACUAAUGGGGGUAACUGCCCCUCAAAAAAAUACGUGCCAGCUGUUACUUCAACCCCAACUGCUAAUGAAAAUGAAACCAGUACAAGCAAAUCUGUUUUUGAGCCUGAAGAUUCUUCAUUAGUUGAUAAUGAGCAGUGGUCAGAAAUGCGAAGACAUGAAAUGUUAAGGGAGGAGCUACGACAGAGAAGAAAGCAGCUUGAAGCCUUGAUGGCCGAACAUCAGAGGAGGCAAGGUCUUGCCGAAACAUCAUCUCCAGUGGCUGUUUCAUUGAGAAGUGAUGGGUCUGAAAACCUGUGUACUCCCCAGCAAAGUAGAACAGAAAAAACUAUGGCUACGUGGGGGGGUUCUACCCAGUGUGCUCUAGAUGAAGAUGGAGAUGAAGAUGGCUACCUUUCUGAAGGAAUUGUUCGGACAGAUGAAGAGGAAGAAGAGGAGGAGCAAGAUGCCAGUUCCAAUGAUAACUUUUCUGUGUAUCCUCCUAACAGUGUGAAUCGUAAUUCUUACAGUGUAAAAGAAACUAAAAAUAGGUGGAAGAACCAUCGUCCUUUUUCGGCAGAUGGAAAUUACCGUCCUUUAGCAAAGACAAGACAACAGAAUAUUAGCAUGCAACGUCAGGAAAACCUUCGUUGGGUGUCAGAACUCUCUUACGUAGAAGAAAAAGAACAAUGGCAAGAGCAAAUCAAUCAGCUAAAGAAACAACUGGACUUUAGUGUCAAUAUUUGUCAGACGUUGAUGCAGGAUCAGCAGACUCUGUCUUGUCUGCUACAAACUCUCCUCACUGGUCCUUACAGUGUAAUGCCUAGCAAUGUUGCAUCUCCACAAGUACACCUUAUAAUGCACCAGUUGAACCAGUGCUAUACUCAACUAGCAUGGCAGCAGAAUAAUGUGCAAAGGUUAAAACAAACUCUAAAUGAACUUAUGCGCCAACAAAGUCAGCAUCCAGAAAAAACUGGAAGUAAGGAAAGAGGCAGCAGUACAACACAUUCUCCUUCUGGUUUAUUUUGUCCUUUCAGCUUUCCUACACAACCUGUGAAUCUGUUUAACUUGCCUGGGUUUACAAAUUUUUCAUCAUUUGCACCAGGUAUGAAUUUCAGCCCUUUGUUUCCUUCUAAUUUUGGAGAUGGUCCUCAGAAUAUUUCUACACCUGCUGAACAGCAACAACCAUUAGCUCAGAAUCCUUCAGGGAAAACAGAUUCUAUGGCUUUUCCAAAACCUUUUGAAAGCAGUUCAUCAGUUGGAGCCGAGAAACCAAGGAAUCAAAAACAGGCUGAAGAAGAAGUGGAAAACAGUAGGACAAGGUGGCUAUAUGACCAAGAAGGUGAAGUAGAAAAACCCUUUCUCAAGUCUGGAUUUGCAGUGUCUGAAGAGAAACCUACAAAUGGUAAUCACAAAAAUCAAUUAGAUACCAGAGGGAGAGGACGCCAGUUUGAUGAAGAGUCAUUAGAAAGCUUUAGUAGUAUGCCUGACCCAGUGGAUCCAACAACUGUAACUAAAACAUUCAAGACAAGAAAAGCAUCUGCACAGGCCAGUCUGGCAUCGAAAGAUAAAACUCCCAAAUCAAAGAGUAAGAAGAGACAUUCUACUCAGUUGAAAAGCAGAGUUAAAAAUACUGGGUAUGAAAGUGCCAGUAUGUCUAGCACAUGUGAACCUUGCAAAAGUAGGAACAGACAUUCAAUCCAGACUGAAGAGCCUGUUCAAGCAAAAGUAUUCUGCAGAAAGAAUCACGAACAGCUGGAAAAAAUAAUAAAAUAUAGUAGGUCUACAGAAAUAUCUUCAGCACAUGCUAGGAGAAUGCUACAGCAAUCUAACAGAAAUACUUGCAAUGAAGCGACAGAAACUGGAAGUGAUUUUUCCACAUUUGAAGCUCUGAGGGAUACUAUUUACUCUGAAGUAGCUACAUUAAUAUCACAAAAUGAAUCCCGUCCACAUUUUCUUAUUGAACUCUUACAUGAGCUUCAGCUGCUUAACACAGAUUAUUUGAGACAGAGGGCUUUAUAUGCACUGCAGGACAUCGUAUCCAGACAUAUUUCUGAAAGCCAUGAGAAAGAAAAUGUAAAGUCAGUGACUUCUGGUACAUGGAUAGCUUCAAACUCAGAACUAACGCCCAGUGAAAGCCUUGCUACUACUGAUGAUGAAACUUUUGAGAAGAACUUUGAAAGAGAAACACAUAAAAUAAGUGAGCAAAAUGAUGCUGAUAAUGCUAGCGUCAUGUCUGUAUCUUCAAAUUUUGAGCCUUUUGCAACAGAUGAUCUAGGUAACACCGUGAUUCACCUAGAUCAAGCAUUAGCUAGAAUGAGAGAAUAUGAGCGUAUGAAAACUGAGACUGAAAGUAAUGCAAAUGCAAAGUGCUCCUGCAGAAUUGUUGAAGCUGAAGAUGGGGCUGCUGCCACAGCUACUGUUAAUUUAGAAGAAAAUCCUGUUGAAAACCAUGAUGCACAACAACCUGUCAACGAAGUUUCUACUGUCCCGUGUCCUAGAAUAGAUACUCAGCAGCUGGACCGGCAAAUCAAAGCAAUAAUGAAAGAAGUCAUUCCUUUUUUGAAGGAACACAUGGAUGAAGUUUGUUCUUCUCAACUCCUAACUUCAGUAAGACGGAUGGUUUUGACUCUUACUCAACAAAAUGAUGAGAGCAAAGAGUUUGUAAAGUUUUUCCAUAAACAACUUGGCAGUAUAUUACAGGAUUCACUGGCAAAAUUUGCUGGCAGAAAACUGAAAGACUGUGGAGAAGAUCUUCUUGUGGAGAUAUCAGAAGUGUUGUUUAAUGAAUUAGCUUUCUUUAAGCUUAUGCAAGAUCUGGAUAAUAAUAGUAUAAGUGUUAAACAAAGAUGUAAAAGGAAAAUAGAAGCUGCUGGAGUAAUACAGUCUUAUGCCAAAGAGGCCAAAAGGAUUCUUGAAGGAGAUCAUGGAUCCCCCACAGGAGAAAUUGAUGAUGAAGACAAAGACAAGGAUGAAACUGAAACUGUUAAGCAGACUCAAACAUCUGAGGUACUUAAAGGUGACAGAUCCAAAAAUGUGAGAUCUGAUGUUUCAGAUCAAGAAGAAGAUGAAGAAAGUGAAGAAUGUCCAGUGUCUAUUAAUUUGUCCAAAGCUGAAACUCAGGCUUUGACUAAUUACGGAAGUGGAGAAGAUGAGAAUGAAGAUGAAGAAAUAGAAGAAUUUGAAGAGGGUCCUGUAGAUGUCCAGACUUCACUUCAGGCUAAUACUGAAGCUACAGAAGAAAAUGAACAUGACAGUCAGGUUCUGCAACAUGACUUUGAAAAAUCAACAGAGAACAAAAAUCUUCCAUCAGAACAAGAACCCACUACUCAAAAAGAUGACCAAGAUAGUACUCCUGUGAAACCCUGUUACCUCAAUAUCUUGGAAAAUGAGCAACCUUCAAGUAGCGCUGUCCAAAAGGAUUCCCUUACUACCAUUGACUCAUCUAAACAGCCUAACCCUUUGCCGUUAUCUUUAAAUGAAAAUGAAACCGUAGUGCCUAGAGUCAAAGAAGUUAAAUCUGCUCAGGAAACUCCUGAAAGCUCUUUGGCUGGAAGUCCUGAUACUGAGUCUCCAGUAUUAGUGAAUGACUAUGAAGCUGAAUCUGGCAACAUAAGCCAAAAAUCUGACGAAGAAGACUUUGUAAAAGUUGAAGAUCUACCACUUAAACUGACAAUAUAUUCAGAGGCAGAUCUAAGGAAGAAAAUGGUAGAAGAAGAACAGAAAAACCAUUUAUCUGGUGAAAUAUGUGAAAUGCAGACUGAAGAAUUAGUUGGUAAUUCUCAGACACUGAAAGAACCUGAAACAGUGGGAACCCAAAGUACAUGAGAUGUCUUCAAGAAGCUCCUCUAACUCUGUCCUUACAUAGUCCAUGAAUAUGUGACAAUGGCACUAAUAAACAUCUGUUUUGAUCUGUAUAAAAAUGUAAAUUAGUUUGACACUGCAUUUUUGAUAGGUGUGCUAAUUCCUGCCCACAUCAGUUCAAGACAUCAGAUACUGAAUUAUAAGUAGAGUCAAGACUUGAUACAUGUGGGAUCUUUUUCUUCUUAUAUUUAGCCUUGAUUUUAUUCUCCAUUGUGAUGUUUGGUAACAUUAAAUUUAAUAUGUAGUUUUAAAUAAAGUUUGAACUUAUCUGUAAAGUAUCUUUUUUAUUAUUAUGUUAAAUUCUACACAGCAAGUCACUGUUUUACAUAAAUAAUUCGGAGAAAAGCAGUGGUUGAUUUAGAGAAUUGUUCUAUAUAUUGUAAAGUCCAGCCAUUAGGCAAGGCUUCCAAAUUAUGCCAGUGUUGCUGCUGUUAGGUCAAAUGUUCUUUUAGAUACCCUAAUGUCUUAUUCCUGGUCCAAAACAGGUUAUCAUUGACGUUAUUGUAAAAUAUAUAUUAAUAUUAAAGUCAAAUUGGGUAAGUUUAGAGCACAUAGUAUCUAGAAUUUACAUGAUUAUUAGACAGAUUUUUCCAGAAUUGAAACUCCUUUCUAUGUUGCCACAGUCUUUAAAAAGUUUUAUAUAAUUAGGGAGUUGCUUCUGCACAGAUAAGUUACACUGUGCGUAGUGAUAAUUUUAAAACCAAACUCUUUCAAGUAAGGAUUAAUGAAACUAAAUUUAUGUACCAGGACACCUUUGGACAGAUUUUUCUUUUGAGUUGGAGUUUAGAACCAAAGCAUAGCAAUUGCUUCUGUGUGUAGUAAGAGAGAAGCAAGUUCACAAUAAAGUAUUGAAAAUAAAAAUCUCUUUGACUUCUUACUAUUAGUUAGAUAAAUCAGCUUUUAGAGGUGAUUUAUCUUUAAAUCCUGAACUUGCUUUUUAACAUGUAAGGCUUCAGAGUCAACCAACAAGUAAGUCCACCAUACACAUUUUUCCUUCAAUAAAAUUUGAAAUAUUAGGUCUAGUAGUCUUGUUAAAUUUAACAAUUGAAACACCCAGUCAGAUAAGAAUUUGCUUUGAUAUUUAUUUCUUUAAAAUUCUACUUGUUAAUUCUAUGUAAAGCUAUGAUGUUCAAUUAGGGGGUAUUAAGUGAGGAUUUCCAUAUGAAGACAUCUACUGUAUUACUACUAAAUUUUAAUUAUGUAAGAUAUGUGUCACCAAUUUCUAAAUAAAACCUAUAUAGAAAAAUACUAUAAUUCCAGAAUCAAGAAUUCAUGUUCAGUUGGCCUGACUUCAGAGAAACUGAAAUAGUUAUAUUUCAUAUAUAUGUAUAUGAUAUAUAUGUGUAUGUAUAUAUAUUCAUAUAUAUAUAUUCUAUAUUUUCUAGAAUCUAAACUAGGAGAAACUUCAUUUUGGUAUUCAAGCCAAGCCUUACAUAUUACAUACAGCUGUCUCUCUGCAUGCCUGCAUAUUAGAUAUUGAUAGAGUACAAUAAUCUUAAUUAUAGUUCCUAUGAACCUUAUAAAAAUUGAUAUUUAACUUGUGUUACACUGCUAUAAUCUAGUCUGUUUUCUACUUUGGUAGAUAAUUUAGUUUUAAAAUACCUAGGGUUUGAGGGCAGGUAACUUGUUUGAUAUGUUUCCCCCAGUAACUAUUUGCUAAUGGACUAGGCAUUAAAUAUUGUUGUUUGUCUUUAUUAUUAAGUUAAAAACUGGUCAAAUAGAGAAAAGCUGAAUAAGAGUGAGCAAGAAGUCUACACAGGUUGAGGUAAUGCCUAAAAUAGCUAACCCAGUUACUCUUUGUAUUUUGUAACUUCCACUUUGAGCAAAUGCUUUUUCACUACUAAUAAAUAUAUAUCCUAC